CUCGCUUGCCCCGGCCGGUAAGAUAAAUUGGGGUUUUCAAACAUACAGUACUCCGUACUGUAAAACGCAACAAUCAACUAUUCCGCGCUGUAAGCAAUGCUCAAAAAAGUACGAGGCCAAAGCGCGCCACUAGACAGGUAUAAUAAGCUCGUACAGUCCCAAUGCCUACUUGUGUAUGUACCAACAAAUCUUGCUUAUAAGGGAACUUCCCAAAAAUUUCCAUCAUUAUGCCCAUUGAAAAGAUCUCUUAUGCCAAAGGUCACCAAAAAAGCGACUCUGCAGAUAAGGCAGUCAAGGAGCAUGGUAAAGGGUUGGAGAAUAGGGGAGCGUAUGAGGCGUACAUCCGAUCAGCACCCACGGGAACCUGGCAUUCGAAUGACAACGACCCCAAAGAGCAUUUGACGGUUGACUAUAAGAAGGAGGAUGGAGCACAUGUGACUACACACCAUGUGUACAGACCCGAAAGUAACAAGUAGGGUCUGAUUUCUCAAGAUUGCAACUUUUCAACGGUCUCUCCUCAUAUGGGAAGUUAUUAUGGGUUUCAACCACUCGAUACCAGUGUGCUCAAGUGGAGAGAUCGCAUGGGCAUAUUUAAGCUAGACCUGAGUCUAGACGCUGUCAACGAAUGGAUAAUAGCCAAAUUGGACUUAGUUCACCAAACCUCCACGCUUCAAUAUCAAACCUUGC